AUGAACGGACUUCGCUGUCUCCGCGUUCUGAUGGCUGGUGGUGCCACUGGAAUUGGGGCGACAACGGCAAAACUACUGGCAGAGCAAGGGGCGAAAGUCGUCAUCGGCGACAUCAAUAUCAAUGGUGCACAGGCGCUAGCCGACCAGAUUCGCUCGGCAGGUGGCACUGCUCACACGGCGGAGUUCGAUUUUGCUGAAGAAGGCUCUGUGAAGCAACUCGUGGACGGUGCGGCAGACACACUGGGCGGCCUGGAUUGUUUGAUUAACAUGGGAGCCGAUCUACGGCCAGAGGUCCUGGGCCGAGAUCGCGGGGUGGACUCGAUGGAAGUGGGCGUUUGGCGACGGACCUUGGAGGUGAACCUCAUCGGCUCUGCCCUUUCGACAAGAUACGCAAUCCCUCAUUUCCUCAAGGGAGGCAAGGGCAACAUCGUGUACAUCUCAUCUGCUGCGGUAUUCAGCGGGCAACCUCUAUAUCCUGCAUAUUCAGCUUCGAAAGCAGGUGUUGAGGUGCUGACCAGGCAUGUGGCAAACACCUGGGGACCUCAAAAGAUUCGGGCCAACACCGUCUCAUUUGGAAUGAUCGCCACCGAACCUGGCAAGAGAGCAGCCGCCAAUGAGCCUACUAUCCAGGAGUUGAUCAGCGGUCUCCCUCUUCAGCGCAUGGCAGAACCACGUGAACCAGCUUCUUUGAUCAUGUAUCUUCUCUCUGAGGAUGCGGCUUUUGUGACAGGUCAGGUUUGGCAGGCGAACAAUCACGGCCCUCUCGUCCAAGAUACGCUUGUCCGCUACGGGAUCGUGAGAUACAACCAGUUUCACGUCACUCCUGAGUACAAGGCUUUGGGGGAAUACUUUGGGGGCUCGUCACCAUACGAUGGGAUUGCGGACUUCCUGGUUCGAAGAUUUGAAGACCUGGCAUCUUUUUUUGCCGACCCUAUCUAUAUGGAGACUUUUCGCCCAGACGAGGCGAAAUUUGUUGACACGAGCAGUGUGGUGUACAACGUUGGUGUUGACUACCCGAUCGUGGACGACAACAAGGCAGUAAAACGAGAUGGGAAAAGCGUGUUCUAA